AUGUCGGUUGACGAGCUGAAGAUACGUGAAGAGCUAGAGGUGGACGUCGAAAGCAAUCUAGAAGGAGAAAUCAGAGAAGAGAUUUACAUUCUUGCCUUAAAGCUGCAUAGAUUAUACCAACACCAAAAGCAAAAGACACUACUGAACCAAUCAUCUCAUGAUCACGAAAACAAUGCUCGAAAUAAAAUGUUGACCGAAGUCAACAUUAGCAUAAAGUUAGAAGGCGCGACAACUAUUCGGAUAAACGAGAUCAAGAAAGAGGGUCGUGGGGGAGGACUAGCACGAAUUGCCAAGGGGAAGGCAGUGAGUCCCGGGCAGGGUAGAAAUCGCAAGGCUAAGUUCGAUUGGGCGGGGAGCCUUAGAUCAAAAGCAUCGAGCGCGAUGAUUGUUAAUCACGGGCCGGAUAGAAAUCGGGACAGAGUGAGGGGUCUGAUGAAGGAUAAGAAAGGUGGAUAUGCAAAUCAAGGGAGCACAAAUAAAGGAGAAUGGAAAUAUUAG